ACAGAAGAAGACGAAGAAAACUCGACUGUCAUUGUAUUUCCCAUCAUCCAUCGCGGCGUUUUUCUCGUUCCAGCUGUGAGGAGCGUCGCUUCUGAGGACAGUGACAGGCAGAUGUGUGUGUUUCUCACAGCAGUCGGUUUCUAAACGGAUCGAUACAGUGUGUGUCCGGGGCCAUCGCUGAGCUCGGUGACGGCGGAUGCCGCUGAAAGCGCGGAGCUCGACCCGGAGGAGGAGAAAGAAUCCGGAUGAGGAGCAACCCGCGGAGCCUGCUGCUUCCUCAGCUCAGGUGAUGGCACCGACGCGAAUGAAGCUGCGCGUUCGCCGCCGUGACAAUGCAGCCGCAGGUGCUGCAGGACGUGGUGCUGCGCUGGAGGAAGAUGAAGAGCAGAAGAGUCGAGAGAGUGGCAGCAGGAGGAAAAACGCUAGCAGAUCUUCUACUGCGGCCACAUCCUCCUCGUCCUUGUCUCCACCCGCGUCCUCCGCCUCAACGUCAGCACGCCCCCAUCUGAUGGCAGCAGAGGAGGCGUCGCCUGACUCCAAGUGCCCCAUCUGCCUGGACCGUUUCAACAACUUGGCAUUCCUGGACCGCUGCAAGCACCGCUUCUGCUUCCCGUGCAUCCAGGAGUGGUCUCACAAAAAGCCAGAGUGUCCGCUUUGCAAGCAGCCCUUUGCUUCAAUCUUUUACCGGAACCAAGCUGAGGAUGACUUCAAGGAAUAUACGCUACGCUCAGCGCCCCCCAGCAGCAGCGUGGCCGCUACUGUGGCAAUGGUGGCAGCGAUGGCGUCAGCUGCAAGAAGCAGCCAUCAAAUGAGGCUAAUGCUGAGGCGGCACCGGGUGUCAGAGGCUGGCGAGACAACAACAAGGAGGCGGCGGAGGGAGAGAGGGGCCAGAAGGACGGAGGAGAGGGCAGGGAGUUGGGAGUGGUACCUCGAUUCCCCUCCCCUUCCACUCCCUCCUCUUCCUCACCCUCCAGUCGUUGCUGAGGACAGUGAGGAUGGGGAGGAACAGAGGAUAAGAGGAGGUGCUGAUUUGGUGGAGCGCGGUGUGAUAUUUGAAGGACUAACAGGCCUUGGAGGGGCAGUGGCACCCAUUGCCCCCAAUGACCGGGCAUCACGACGACUGAUGACUCGCUUAGCGGCAAGGCAGCGUUUGCAGCGUGAAGGUGGAACCGUGCGUCGACUUAGGGAGAGAGAGACGGUGGCUUUUCGCCGUGGCCUCUAUCGCUGUGGCAUUCGGGUCCGUGGGGUUGCCGGAGGACACGGCAACGAGGGACAGCGUGACAUCACGGCAGAUAGCUUCCGUCGGAACCCUGCCCACUUGAACAGGCUCCGCCCCUGGCUGCGGAGGGAGCUCACGGUGCUGUAUGGCUCGCACACCUCGUUGGUUGACAUCGUUCAGCGCAUCAUCAUGGCAAGGCUCGCCCGCCAUGGCCUGGAGAAUACACCCAACAUAGAAGAAGAGUUGCGGCCAUUCUUGCUGGCACGCACUGAGCACUUCCUGCAUGAGCUCAUCAGCUUCGCCCGCUCGUCGCUCAGCCUGGAGAACUACGACCUGCAGGCGGUGUACGAGCCACCGGACGCUGCAGUGGAACUGGAUGGGAUGAGCAGCUCGUCCGAUGGCAGCUCUGUCAUUGCCAUCUCCGAGGGGGAGGAUGAAGAGAGGGGGGCAGGGGGAGGGUCCGAGGAGAGGCUGGGGAGGGAGGUGGGAGCUCAAGAUGACCCCAUCCAAACAGCGAGUGUCCUUAGCCUUUCGGGUUGGGACGAUGAAACCCCAGGCCCCUCCUACUCCACCGCCGAGCCUUCAUCUUCGUUCAGUCCUGCCCUGCCGGAGGCAGCCAAUCAGGAUGGAGGAGAAAGGCAGGGAGAAGAGGAUGAGUGUCUCAUCGUUGGGUACAAGAAGCCGAUUGCAGAACGGACGCCAGAGUUGGUGCAGCUCUCCUCUGACACAGAAGAAGAGGAGGUAGAGAAGAAGAAAGAGGAGGAGGCUCCUCCUCCCCUCUCUGCAACACCUCCCCUCUCUUACCUACCAGCGAUCCCUCCCUCCACAUCAGGUACUUACAGAGAGGAGCAGGACAAGGGGCAGAAAAUUGGUGAGGUGGCAGGACAGCGCUCACGUGCACGCUCAUGGUCAGGGAGCUCUGGUCGGAGCAGGAGCUCUGUGUGCACGCUCAGCCCGGCGACGCCUGGAGAGACUGAGCGGCAGCAGGAGAUGGGGAGCUGGAGAGACAGGAAGUCCACCAGUGAGGCAGCAAGAGAGAAGAGGAGGAAGAGAAGGCAAGAACGCAGCAGCAACCAGCACAGGAAAAGUGGCACUCUGUUCAACCCAAAUCGCUCCAUUUAUCCCGCCAUGAUGCGGCACCGCUCCUCGCCUCCAUUUGACUCCAGCGCUGACUCCAGCUCCCCGCCGUCGCCCAGCCCGCCGGACUCCAGCUGGGAGUACCCCUGCGCCCAGGUGUCCCCUCUCACCUCCUCUGCCUCUUCACCAUCCCUCUCCUCGUCCUCACCACGUCCUCCCCCACCACCACCGCGGACACCACCGACGCCCACGCUGUCCCCCAGCGACAGCGCUCAUCACGGAGAAAAACCCGGCGGGAAAAGGAAAUGCAAGAGCCGCCACCUGGACAACAAUGUCAAGGAUCCCACAUGGAGGCCGAGCGGCAGUGGCGGUAUUCGCAAGGAGAAGAGGAAAGAGAGGAGGAAGAGGAAGGAGCGAGACAGAGGAAGGAGAAGGGAGAGGCACAGGCGGGCGAGCAGUGGCUACGGUGGCGAGAGCAGCCGGAGGUCCAGACAAGACCGCAGCCCCAGCGUGGAGAUCAUCUACGAGGGCACCAUCACCGCCGACGGGGCGCAGCCUCCUGCCCACAAACGGCGCCGGAAACGUCAUCGCAAGGCUCAGCAGAGCAGGUACGAGGUGUCACACUGCUGGGAGGGGAAAAAAAGGUUUGCUGCCAAUGCAGAGUUCUGCUCCAACAUCCCGAGGCAGGGUCCUGAGGGGUUAGAGGAUGACUUCCACUAUGCAACCUAA